AGGCUAAUCCAUGCUUUUGGGCGAAGACGAAGACUGCGGAACAUGGAAGGAGCAAAGAAAUUACCUGAUUUGCGCGUUGUUGAUCUUCGAGUUGAGCUCGAAAAGCGAGGGCUUGAUAAAACUGGUGUUAAGGCUGUUUUGACCGAAAGAUUACAAAAAGCCCUUGAAGAUGAAGGACUUGACCCAAAUGAGCAUGCCUUUGAAGUCAGUGACAGCACCCCAACAAAAAAGCCAGCAACGCCGGUGGCUGCUGCAGGAAACAAACGAUUAAAUACAAGAGCAGUCAAGAAAGAUGAGAAUGGUGAAGACAUUGAAGAAGAAAUGGAUGAGGACGCAUUAUUAGACGGUCAGGAGGAUGAUCUAGACAAAAUGCAGAUACUUGAUGAGGAUGAUUUGGAUGCCAUCGAGCUAGAUGAAGAUGAGAAAUUUGACGAGGAAAUGGCCGAGGCAAAACCUGACGAGACGAAAGCUGAUGUUGUUGUGAAAGCAGGAGAAACAGGACAAGUCUCUUCCAACACUGUGACAAAGGAGAGCCCUGUUAAAGUGCAAACCCCAACCAAUGGUGAGACGAAAAUGGAAAGCGAUGAAGUCAAUGCGAAACCGGAGGCAGAGACGGUGAAGAAGGACGACGCUACAAAAGAAAACAAUGUUGUUUCUUCAAGCAUAUUAACGGUUCCUUCCCCGGACAGUGUUGCAGUAAUUGCUCCACUAACGUCAGAGGACACUGUCAAAUUAAGCACGUGCGAGUCUAAAAAUGACGAUAGCGUUUCGUUAGUGGUCCACGUUGAUGACCCUAAUGACCUCGAUUAUGAUCUGUUUGGUGGUAAACCAAAAACUGGCGAAAGUGCUGAUGGCGAGGCGGGUAAAGAAGUUGAAGCGGCGACAACAGGGGGAGAGGCUGCAAAGUCCGAGUCUUCUACCACUCCCGCAGCCGACGGUACCAGUGAUGCAAAAGACGCUGCAAAAACGGAGGAUAAAACUGAUGAGAAGAAACCGGAGGAGAAAAAGUCAACAGAGGAGAAGGAUGCGAAAAAAGAUGAGGAGAAAGAUGCCAAGUCCAAGAGCACUACUGCAAAGGAUGCCAAAUCUACCAAAGAUGACAAAGAUAAGGGUAAAUCUAAUAGCAGCAGUGGGAUCAACAAUGGAAAGAACCUGUGGGUGAGCGGCCUGUCCAGUUCAACCAGGGCAACAGAUCUCAAAUCGCUCUUUAGUAAACAUGGAAAGGUUGCUGGAGCCAAAGUUGUUACAAAUGCUCGCAGUCCAGGAUCAAGAUGCUAUGGAUUUGUCAUCAUGUCAUCAAUGGAGGAGGCAAGCAAGUGCAUCCAGCACCUUCACAGGACGGAACUUCAUGGACGCAUGAUAUCUGUGGAAAGGGCCAAGACGGACCCAGCCUCGGCUGCUGCCAAAGCGAUGGGCACCAGCAGCAGCAGCAGCAGCAGCGCUAGAAGAACGUCAGACAGAAGGACUGACACCAGGACAGACAGGAGAACGGAUCACCACCAUUCGUCCCGGAGUGACAGCCACCGUCGCACCACAAGUGGAGGAGGUAGGACAUCAUCCAGAACUACGUCGUCUCACUCUGGUCAUCAUACUCGAUCAUCAACAGAUCCUAAGAAAAUAGACAGUAAGGACAAAGAUAAGGAGAAGGAGAAAGAGAAAGAUACCAAGGAAGGUGACAAGGAGAAAGAGGAAGGAGAGAAGAAGGAUGCUGAGAAGGAGGAAGAGACUAAAGAUGAGAAGGCUGACACAACAACUGAAGGAGAUAAGGAGAAGACAGAAGAAGGGAAAGAAGCAGAGGGAAAGGUAAAAGAAGAGGAAAAGACCGACGAAAAGAAAGAUGAGAAAAAAGAAGGUGAUAAGGAUGACAAGAGUAAAGAUGAGAAGCGUUCGUCCUCGGCCAGGCGAGGUGGAUCAUCUCGACGAGACAGCAGCCGGGCAAAGUCCAAGGAUACGGUGCUGUCCUUUGAAAAGAUAAAGGAAGAGAGAGAAAAGGCUAGAUUGCGACAAAGAGAACGUGCCAAGAGGGAGGCUGAGCGACGGGCCAUGGCAGAUAUCGAGUAUCAGAAGAGACGCCAGCGAGACAUUGCCAUACAUCAGAGGGAAGAAGCCAACAGAUUACAGCGAGAAAGGGAUAGGAUUAAGCAAGAGCGCGAACGAUUGGAACGUGAGAAGCUAGAAAAUGAAAGAAUAGAACGCGACCGCAUUCGCCUCGAACGAGAAAGACGUGAACGGGAAGUACGUGAGCGAGAGGUGGAGGCCAGACGACUGGAACAGUUGAGAUUUGAUGAGGCAAGGCGUGCUCCGAAGAGAGCUUAUGAUCAACGUAGUGCUGCCAGGGAUGAUCCAUUCUGGGAUGCCAAGAGAACAGCCCAUGAUAGAUAUGCUGGUUAUGAUAGAGACAGAGCUCCAGGCCGCUAUGAAGACCGUAGCGAUGGCUUCGAAAGAAGAGUUGAGCGUUACGACAGGCGAGAUGCAGCACGACCAGUUGAAACCCGAGAUGCAAGAUAUGACGAGAGACGGGAUACCAGGGAGGUUGCCACUCGAAGAGACCCACCACCAAGAGAACGUGAUUAUGAUAGGUAUGACCGCGGGUCUGCCAGAGACACAACCAGAGAUCAUCGACCAGCUGGCCGCGACCCAGAGCCACGACCGUCGAGGGUAGUCUCACCACCCACACGCAGAGGGGCAGACACAAGGAGUGACUGGAAAUCUGAGAGGUCUCAUCCUGCCAUGCCAGCAUCUCAAGAUCGACAUGAUCCAAGGGAUCGAUACGACACAGGCAAGGGCCAGGGUGGUGAUAGUAGGUUUGGUGGAAGCAGAUCAGGGCCUGGUGGUGUCCGUGAUGCUUGGCCCGGAGGACCCAGUAGUGUCCCUGAUCGGGGUGCAAAGCCUUAUCCCUCUGGUGGUGCGGGUAAAGUUGGUGGACCUGCUGGACCUACUCGUGACGAUUGGGGGGCUGGAACCAGGAAAGACAGCCACAGCCAGAGUGCUGGCAGCUGGCAACACCAGAGCAGCAUGAACGCACCGAGCAUGGCCCGACAGAGUGACCGGUGGCCUGCGAGCAACAGCAGCAUGAACACAUCAGCACCGAGGACCAUGGGUCAGAUGAGCAUGAAUCCUGCACCGUUAUUACCGCAGCCACAAUCAAAUAUGUACAUGGGUGUUGCCGCGCAGGCAGCUAGUAUGAUGAUGAAUUCAAGUGCGCUGGCAUCUCGGCCAGCUGAUGCUCGGUUUGAUGCUUACAAGAGUAUGGGUAGCGGUGGCAAUAUGAGACGGUACUAGAGACAGGUUUGAUCUCACAAUAAAAAGUAAUGCUGGCACGGUGUUGCUGUAACUAUAACAGUGUAAGACUGUGUGAGAUACGUGGUGCAGCUUUGCAUUAAAUAGAUAAUUCACAUUUUCUAGAAUGAGCACAACUCUUUCUAAUGUUAAGUUGUCAAAUUACUGAAAGGCUUCAGAUCUUGUCAACAAACGCUGUAAGUGUUAUUUAGAAACCAUUGCUGUAAACUCUUAUUACUGGGCACCAAGCUUUUAUGAACAUUUGUCCCGAUUUGAAGCAUAAGUUACUGCAGGUGAAGUAAUUAUCCUGGUUUAAAUGUAUGUUGUCAGUGAUUUUAAAGUUGGUAGACAUUACUUUCGUUGACUUCUGAUUAUUACAGCAAUCAUCAGUACUUAUAUUUUCUCAGCUCCUUUUUCUGUGGUUGCAAAUGUUUUAUUGUCGGAGCUGACGAAGUGAUGUUCAAAUUUUAGGAAUAUUGAAAGUACAAACACAAAUCAUAAGGGACGUGUUCAAUUAAAGUUUCAUGUGAAGUUUGUAAACCGUGCAUAUCUACUUGAUUCGAAACUCAGUGAACUGGUUACUGCAGUAGAACCUCUCUAUUAAGGACGUCCUUGGGACUGAAAAAUGCUGUCCUUGAUUUAGAGGUGUCUUGAUAACAUCGGCCAAAUGCAAUGGAAACAGUUUGUCCUUGAUCGAGAGGUGUCAGCUGAAGCAGGUACCUCUGUUGUUUCAUAUAAGAGUUGUGGCUUUAUUACUUCAUUACAUUAGUAUAAUAUUGUUGCUAUCAUUGAUAAAAUAAACCAUCUCAUCUCUUCACGAACCAUCAGAUUCCUGUUGUAAAUAUUAUGAACCAAUUAAAUCACAGUUUGUUCUCUCCAUGAAGUACUGGAGACUUUUAAAAUACGCAGUUUCAAAGAAUUGCAAAAUGGUUUCAUUGCCAAAGUUCAUUUAGAAUGUAACAUAGUAGUUUUAUUGUCUUGUCAGAAUAGUGAAACAUUCAGAUGAUCAUGUCUAGUACUUCAUUUUCAUUGUUGUUUUAUGUGUUGCUGGUUAAUCGUUGCCAGUGCAUGUGUAAUAGUGAACUUCAUUCAUUCAUUCAACUUCUUGUGAAAUAAAGAAUUGGCUAUAUUUCGUGGA